AUGGGAUUGGUGUUGCAUUUUGCUCCAUCCAAUAUGGUAAUGAUAUGGCCUUCUUAUAGUGGUAUUGUGUUCACAUGGCCGUUUCCAAGGUUCAGGAGCAUUUAUCAGUAAAGACUGAGUAGUUUCUCGUCAUAUUCCCUGAUUUCAGUUUACAAUAUCAUUGAUUACGUUACGAAAAGAAACGAUUUUAUCUUAAAAAGAUGGGCCAAAAAAAAGGCCACACGCACUUUCUGCAUCCAAAAUUCUUUGCCUGGGCUUCUGACUGCGCUUUUUUGGUGCAGAGACGCCCAACCAAAUGGCUCAUGUGAACUGCGGUCGGUGCCACACUACAUUAGUGUACCCAUUUGGCGCCCCAUCCGUUAGGUGUGCUGUUUGCCACUUUGUCACCGACGUUGGGGUGAGCCGUAUUUACCUUUUUCAGAUUCUUUGACCAUCAUUUAUAAGUCUUUUUUUCCUCUCUCUUUUUUCAACCUCAAUGAACUCGCGCUUCCUCUACAGUUGAACAGCAUGAGGGUGCCCAUCCCCAUGCAGAGGUCCAAUGGAUCGAUACCGACCUCUGCAUCUACGUCAGCUGUAUGUUCCUAAAUCAAUGGGGUCAUCAAUUUCUGGGUUCCUUUCCUUUUCAGUUAUGUUGAGAUUCUGAAUCUCCAACUGUCCAUAAUUACUAAUCUUCUGUCCCUCAUCAUCUGUUUUGUUUGUUCUUGGCAGCCAUUGCCACAGGCCCACGGCCAAACAGUGGUCGUUGAGAACCCAAUGUCAGUUGACGAGACCGGCAAACUGGUGAGUCUCUCUUAGCUGUUUUGCUUCUGGGGUAUAUUGAACAAUUAACUAAAAGAUACUGCCAACCGAGAGACUAAACGUUCCCACUCCCCCCACCCCCCUUGCUCUUUUGCUCUGUGCAGGUGAGCAAUGUCGUGGUUGGAGUUACUACAGAGAAAAAGUGAUCCCCUUGCUCUCAGGUGGUGUGUUAUUGAAAGCUUGUUGAUGUAAAUUUAGGGAGAAAAGGAAGCAUUGUCGUGCUCUGGGAGACUCAAAAUUUGUUUAUCGGGAUAUGUGAGCUUUAAUAGAGUGAAAGAGAGAAAUUAACUCAGCUAUUUGUCUGUGUUUUUGGCCCCUGACUGGCUACUCACUGUAUCCGCAGCUUCUUCCUAUGCUGUACAUAGAAGCUUAAGAUUUGUUUUGUCCCGGUGUAGAUGAACCAUCCUGUCUGUCUAUCUGUCUAUCUAACACGCUUAAUGAUGCCAUAAGGUUUUACUGAAAUACUAAUCGUCUUAAGAAAGAAAGAACCGUCAGUCAUCUUCCCAUAAUGUUGGGAAAUUUAUUUGCACGAAGGCAAGCUGGAAAAUCUGCCCGGUGUGUCAGUAAUGUCCUAGUUCUGGUAAAAGGUUUAUAGCAGCACAUGAGCUCCAUUUGAGAAAGGCUGUCUUCUUUCUCAGCCAUUAGGAAGAUGAAGUACAGGAUUGUGACAUUGUGUUAAAUUGCUAGUGACUGUCUCAGGAAAUUAAGCUUUUAAGUUAAUUAUUAAAGGUACUUAUAUUUUGUAAUGCGGGCAUAACAUUUGGCAUUUUAAUUAUCACAAUGAAAUAUCUGUGUCAUCCGAGGUGUUCUUCCGGCGUACUGUUUCGUUACUAAUUUUAUUAGUUUUCAAGGGAGUGUGGAACGUUGCGGGCCAGUAAUGCUCAGAAAAAUGAAUAUAAUAUUUUGUGUCCCAUUGUAUCUACUGACUAAUUCGCUUUCCAGGUUUCUUGUAGGUCAUAAGCACUUUCUGAGAAAAAAGAAUAUAAUAUUUAUUUCUCCUCGUGUGCCAUCGUAUCGUGGGAGAGAGUAGAAAUUACAAACGGCGAUGAAAUGCUCAAAGGAUGCCUAAGAAAAUAGCCAAAAUCCACUCUAAUUUCCUCUGAUGGGUCAUCACACGAGAAACUUGUGUUUCGUCUUCUGGUCUCCCACACCACCCUCACCCAAAGAAAAGGGGACUCGCAGCUCAAACCAUGCAGAUGGAUGUGGUGCAAGUAGAGAGACAGGCCCAGUACUGGUGUUGCUUCUUCCCGGGGAGACAUCUUCAUUCAUGAUCACUGGAAUGGGCAAAGUGCACUCCCUUUCUUCUUGGUCUUCUCUUCUCCCUCCAGGAAUGGAUGGGUUUUCUUCCCCACCCAUCAAUGAGAAAGGAUUGUCUCCACUGUCUGAGGAGGGAGAGAGAGAGAGAGAGAGGAAGGAAGGGAGGAAAGGAUAUCAUCCAUUCCAGAGGUGCUCAUCAUCACCCUUUUGUUCCCCUCGAACUUUGGCUGGAACCUGCAAACAAAAAUGGGAGGACAUUUGAGUGGAGACGUGGGAUCAUAAAUGCUCGUGCUACAGGCCAAGAUAAAAGCAUCGCUCAUGUCUAAAAAAGUGCCAAAUUUUAUGGACAAGAAAUUAUCAAUAACCAAGAACCAUGUGGAAGAGUCAUCAGUGAAAACAUCCGAAACAUCGCUCUGGUCUAUGUUGAUCGUUUCUAGCGCAGUGUUUCCUCUAAUCUAGAGAGAGUGCUCUUCACAUCAAUAUGAAAGGCGAUUCUAGAGGGAGUCGACUGUUGCUUUGACUGGGUAAAAAAGUAGUCAACCUUUUGUGUGCUUGGACAGAUUCUAGGAGGCCAAUUAGUGAGAGAAUUCCAAGCACUCCCCCGAAUCGAAGAUUCCUCACAAUCUGAUGAGCUAAUUUGAUUUUAACUUGGCUUGCUAUGAAACAAAGACAACAUUUGCAAAGGGAGGAUGAAGGUUUAAGUUAGAGAUUACCUCUCCCAGGCGCUAAGUGCCUGUUUAUAAACGCGUCCAAACAUUCCAAAGUUGACUGAGCACGGCAUGAUACAGACUUGCUCAGCUCAGUCAAGUCAAAUCCUUCGCUCAGAGGAAGUUUCACAUUGAAGCAUGAAAGUCUGUCGUGGGCUGUUUUAGUCAGAACAGAUAUUUGUGGAACCACACAGUCCCAUCUCUCUUCAAAGAUAUUUUUCGCAGUUAUGGAUCGUGCAAAACCUAAAGCAUUUUCAGCACUGCGGCUUGUCACUGAAAAAGAAGUUGAAAAGAAAACAGCAUAGUCAUUUCUUUGGAGCAACACAGAAGAUAUGUGAAACAAGGAUAAUUUUUAUUUGCAUCACGGGGCUAGGCUAUGAACAAGAACUGAUGAGAUCGGAAACGCAUGCUUAUCACAGUUUAUUGACAAUACAAAAUCAUCAAAAUCUAAUCAAUCUUAGUUUGCAAUUGCUUAGUUUAUUGACAUUACAGUUUUCUUCGCAAUUGCUUCUAUUUGUCAGAAAAAAUCGAUUUCUCUUUUUGCACCAACUACAAAGGAAGAAUGUUUGAGAACGAAGAGUUGCCAAACUAUGAAGCAGAAAAUGAGGCUCAUUUACUUGGCAUUCCCUGAUUUAGUUAAUGACUAAUAUGAGUUCUGAGAAUGAACAGACAAGAAACUCGCAUCCCAACCGUCACCAACAAUGCUCCCUUCUAGUGGGUUUUCUUCUAGCAGAGUAUGAGUUGAGAAGAACUUGCUAAACUGAGAGAUAUAUACACCAAUAUGAUGUUCAGAAAACGCCUUUUUGACUGGGCAUAGGUUGAAUGUAGUCUAAAAUUCGGAUCCACGUCUUCUUUGGAAACAUUCAACUUAGUGCAUCAACGAUUCCAAUUCCAUGUAACGGGGAAGUCAUCACUGAUUUCUUUGGAUCAAACAGAUGAGAAGACGAAGACCACCAGCAGAGGCGAGAACCACAUGUCACAGACCAACCCAUGAUCUGGCUGUAUAGCAUACACACCAUGCGAUUUCAUAGACUUGACUUUUUCGAUCAUUUAUUCGCAAAAACAGUGAGAAAUUCCGGAGAUGAGCACAUUACCGUUAUAGGGAACUUCUAUGAGGGCGUUUGCGGGGAGCCCAACGCCCACCCCUGCCAGAGUGAGUCCGACGCUGAAGCCCACCCCGCAGCCAGCUCCAACGUAGCCUAUCACCUCCGGACCGAACCCAGGGCCCCAUCCGACGCCACACCCGACGCCUAUUCCCAUGCCCCAGAAGGCCCCCACGGUGGGGUGGACAGGGUUCCACCUCUCGUACCUCCUUAACAGCCCUUUGAUGAUCAUGAGGAGCUGCUGCAACACGGCGACGCCCAGAUCAGCAGGCGACUACUCCACGAAACUCUCCGGCGUAUCAUUCGCAAGAUCAAUGUCAGGCUCGUAAAAUCAGACAGAAGCAAGCUUCUGUUCUUCCGCCGCCAAAACCCACAAAAAGAAGUAAAACGAAAAGCCAAGGAAACAAUCCCGACCGAAUCUUCGUUUGGAAUGGAUCCGAAGAGCAGAAGGCCAAGCAGGAGUAUAAGCGGAAGGAACCGGGGACAUCCACUGAGAACGAAUCGCCGGAGGAAAUCCUCGUAAAUCCCACGGAGAGAAACCAUGUGCCGAACCACGAAUGUGGAGGAGAAUGGGACGUGGUUUUUUGUCACCAUAAACGUAGGGCGAGCAAAGACCGUCGAGCAGCAGCGGGAGGGAAUAUUGAGAUUGACUCUAUCUAAGAGGCUCCUCCCGACCCUCCUCGCCCCGCUAUGGCGCUGCCCACGUCGAGCUACUACUGAUCCUCACAACGGGCACGGCAUGGCGAAAAAAGUGUCGAUAUCGAGAUGGCACGCCUACAGCCGUCCAUCGUAGAUUUCUUAGAAAAAUGUUCCACCGAGUGUCUGCAACGCCUUAAAAGGGAAUUCACAUUAAUUUUAGCAGGAACUUACAUCGAGUUGGAGAUCAGAACAAUCCCAAAAGAAUUAGGCAAAAAGUCUACUGGUUUUGCUUCUGGGCAGCAUCAUGCCUCUUGCAGGCUGGUUUUUUCCUUUUGGUUCUCGUAUGAUCCCCCAUCCCAAUAUGGGUUGACCGGAAUCUGACUUUUCAGGUCCUCUAGGACCCGACAAAGUUUAUCUAUUCCGAGGUAGACUAGCUUGGAAAAAGCCCAGAAAAAAUGUGCGAACUGGUGAAGUAUGAAGCAGAUUGCCCGAGCGUCGACGACCACACGGCCUCACAAGGAUGGAUGAGCGACCGCGGUGGGCCAGGACGAAUUCGCGGCGCCGGCAUUUUCGUAAUAUGUGGCAUAUAGAAGGGUCUUUCUGUAUUUAACCUCGUAAUCUGUGGGACUCGCCCCCCUCCCGAUUCGACAAUGUCGGCGGUAGAAGAUCUCCAAUAAUUUGUAGUCGUUGAUAGGUAUUCGAACAGAGUGGUAUGUACAUAAUAUGAGAUAUUAAUGGGGGUGUUUUUGGAAAAAUAUUCGGGAUCCGCAACGGCUACAUUGGACCAUUCCAUUCCAGCUAA